UCUGGGGUAGCCAAGAUGGGUGAUGUAUUUAGGUUCACCAUUUGGGUAGACAACUCUUACGACACAUGUGUGGAAAGGUCAAGGUUACUCUUGGACGGACCAAAUUUUGACUUUAGUAACCUUCAGCUGUUCAAUCAAAACAGCAAAAUGUCAUCAAAAGAAACAAUUCCUACUGGAGUGAAGUUUAUAUUUGGAGGUGGAGGAGGGAUGGCAGCCACAUUGUUUGUACAACCAUUAGAUUUAGUGAAAAACAGAAUGCAGUUAAGUGGUGAAAUGGGUAAAACUAAACAAUACAAAAACACUGGAGAUGCACUUAUAACUAUAUUGAGACAGGAAGGUGUGAGAGGAAUAUAUACAGGUCUUUCAGCUGGACUGUUAAGACAGGCAACAUACACAACUACACGACUGGGUGUCUACAUGAAUAUAUUUGAUUAUGUAUCAAAGUCAAGAGAGGGCAAGCCUCCAAAUGCAUUUCAAAAGCUGUUUAUGGGAUGUACUGCUGGUGGUAUUGGAGCCUUUGUAGGAACACCAGCUGAAGUUUGUCUCAUUCGGAUGACAGCUGAUGGAAGGUUACCUAUUGACCAAAGAAGAGGUUAUACUGGAGUAUUUAAUGCCUUAUCUAGGAUUAUUUCAGAAGAGGGAGUUUUAACUAUGUGGAGGGGAUGGCAGCCCACUGUUGCAAGAGCUAUGGUAGUUAAUGCAGCACAAUUAGCAUCAUAUUCUCAGGCUAAAGAAGAAUUAAAGAAGACAGGAUAUUUUGGGGAGGGUAUUUUCUUACAUUUUGUCUCCAGUAUGUUUAGUGGUUUAGUUACAACUAUUGCAUCAAUGCCAACAGAUAUUGCCAAGACAAGAGUACAGAACAUGAAGAUUAUUGAUGGAAAACCAGAGUAUAAGAAUGCUUUGGAUGUGAUAUUCAAAACUGUCAGUAAGGAGGGAUUCUUCAGUCUAUGGAAAGGAUUUACACCUUAUUACUUUAGAUUAGGACCUCAUACAGUUCUUACAUUUAUAUUUAUAGAACAACUUAACAAAUUUUAUUACAAAUAUGUACUAGGUGUUGAAGGCCAUGGGGGUUUAUAAUAAACCAAAAUUUAGGUUUUUCAGUGUUUUAUAAAUUCUACAUUAAUUGGAAUGGAGGAUUGAUCAUUUUAUUAUGUAGUGUAAAACUUGCUUUUAUAAUUUGUAUUCAUGAAUGAAAUCUAACACGCAUCAUGAGGAAAUAUUCGCCUUGUUUUUUGUUGUUGUACAACAUAAACCAUAUAUUUAUCAACCAAUUGUCUUGCAAUAGAGUUCUCCCAAAUAUUUCAAAUCAGCCCCAUGAAAGAGGGUCUGGAUGGGGGUCCUUCAAUUCAGUAUUCUUUAUUUUUUUAAGCAUUUUUUCUCUAUUCUUUAUAUUUUAGAACCCCAUUAUUCUCUUUUCUUUAUUUUUUUCAUCCAUUUUUCUCUAUUCUUUACUUUUUUGGUCUAUUUUUCUCUAUUCUUUAUUUUUUUCGUCCAUUUUCUGCAGUUUUGGUCCAUUAUUGUCUAUUCUGUUAACUGCUCCAGACCUUCAUGAAAUUUGAAUUAGCACUGUGUCCCUCAAGUUAUAGCACCACAUUUAUAAAACAUUCUGUUAUAAAAUCUAUUCAAAUAGCACCCAUGAUAUACGUUUUUGGGGAGAACAUUGUUUGCAAGUGAACUAUUAUAUUUCAGUUUUAUCAAGGGCUGUUUUAAAACAUGUCAACUGUGACUCAUGUUAAUCCAGGGUAAAAUCAAUUGCAUCAAGCUUUUUCACCUGUCACACCUGCAUGGUUUAUCAUGUUUGUGGAGUAAAAACAAUAUGAAUCUCAAAUUUAUUUGUCAAAUGCUAUAUAUCAUUAAACAAUGCCAUUACAUUUCAAGCUUAGCUUUCGUACUAUGUAUACAAUUCGUUUAUUUAUGUAUUCUGGUUUAAUUCAGAAAAAUGUAAGUUUUUGACUUUGUAUCCAUUUAUGUAUGUCAAUUGAUAUUCUGGACAAAAAUUAGACGGGUUUUAUAAGAAUACCAUGGAAACAACUUACUCAAUAGCAGUGAAUUCAGAGUAAAUCAUCAUUAAUUUUACAAGACAGAAAUUAUCACCUAACCUGCAUCUUUAAUUUGGUGAUAAUUUGUACAAUUGGCAAAGUGCCAUUUCAUUUUAUGAAAACCAAAAUUAGGAACAUUUUCACAUUUCUAUGCCCCACCUAGGGGCAUUAUGUUUUUCGAUCUGUGCGUCC